UAACGGCGAUGGCGGCGGUGGGUACAGAGCGCCUCUUCUCGCUGGAGUUGCUUGUGGACUGGGUGCGCCUGGAGGCCCGACCGCCGUCCCCAGGUGCCCCGGGCCCUGCCGUGGCCUUCUUCCUGCUGGACUUCCCCCCGCUGCUCGUCCACCCGCCCGCCACGCCCGUCCCGCCUCCCGAGCGUGGCGCGCUCGGCUUCGGGCGCGGCAAAGCCUGCCUGUUCCGCCUGCGCCCCGUCACCCCGCGCUCCCUCCAGUUGCGCGCCGCAUUGCUGCAGCUGCCUGCAGGCCCAGCUCCCGCCCCGCUGUUGCUGGGGGCCUGCGACGUCCCGCUGACCGUCGCCUCCGCCCCGGUCCAAGGCCUGGGCGCCCGGGGCCGUCGAGGCACGUUUGCCCUGCUCGGCCCGACCGGAGAGCGCGUCGGGGACGUGGCGCUCUUCUACCGUCUGACAGACCUGGGCGGCGGCCACCCGGGCCCUACGGAGCCACCUGCACCUCUCACCCCCGCCCCAGGGGUAGAGGGGACCGCGGUGUGCCAAGAACCGCGGCGGGCGCCCCACUUGGUGCUGAAGACGCGAAGGCCUUCCUCGGCCCCCGAACUGUGCCCCAGGAAAGGGCACCGGCCUGCUGGGGCCCCAGAGGACCUGCAGGAUGGUGGAGAGAGAGUUUUCCAAGGCGAGGCCGUCUCGGAUUCCACAGGGUUUGUUAAGCGUCUCAGAACCAACUCUGCCACUGCUCCUUCAGCUGGUAGCAGUGGGAGGCCCGUUGCCCCCCUCAAAGAGGAAGUAGCAGAGUUGGACUUUGAGACCAACACAUUUUGCCCUCCUCCUCUCUAUUACACUCACCCAGCCCAAACAAAGAAAUCUCCUGCACGGAUUAAAAUCAUAACUGAGCCACAAAUGAAUGUUCCUGAGGAGUUAGAUGAUGCUUUUCUGAAAAAAAGCCUUGUAAAUUCUCCAGUGCAUCUGAGUCCUCUAAAAUAUGCAAAUUCGACAACAGAAGAGAGACCUACAGUGCGUGUAAGUCCUCCACAUAGUCAGGACAUAGGAGCAACUGAUCAAACUACAUGUCCUCAAAUUGCUCAAACUACAAUUAAUACAGUAAGGCAGUUGCCCCUGUUAAAUGCUUUGUUAAUUGAGUUGUCCUUGUUGUACAACCAACCCGUGGCUAGUCCUACUCAAGUACAUCCUCAUUUAGCCUGGUUGUACAGCACACAGGAUAAGGUGCCAGAAUCUUAUGCCAGGUCCACUGAAUCUGAAUCCAAGCAUCAGCAUUCUGAGGGAGAACAUAAGUCAGUGAGUCUUCAGUGUAAAAAGAAACAGGUUGAAAAGCUUAAGAAAGAUAAGUAUUCUGAAAAGAGCAGUGAUAAUUCACAAACAAGAGUUACAAGGAGGAGACUAUUUUAUGGUUUAACAAAUACUCUAAGACUGCGUUUAAAGCAAACAAAUCCUGCUAUGUUGGUAGUACAGGAAAAGAGAGAACACUACAGAAAAAUGCAAGCACAAAUGUUAGGUACUAAAUGUAAAGUUAUUCCAUCGAAAGUUAAAUUAAAUUUUGCAGAACAAAGUCCGCGGGUGCAACUGCCUAAAAAUAAUUAUUUAGAUGAAGAUACGUUUCUUGUUGAAGAUAGUAAUAUCUCAAAGCAAAUUAGUGGAGCUUUUGAUGAGCUAAGCACAACUAAGAAGACUAAACCAAAACAAGGAAUGGAAGAAAAGACAGUUGAUUGUGGUCAAAAUAGAACUACUGGUGGUUUACUGGAGAGAAUUUUAAGCCCUGAAAAUUCCAUUAUUUCAGAAAGAUUUAUUCACAAAAAUAUUCUAGGAGGAAAAUUAGAAAAGAAAGUCAAAAGUCCAUAUGUGUUCCCACAGGAUGUUGCUGACAGAACUUUAGAUAAAGAAAUAAGUGGCGAGCAGGUCAAAACUACAGACAGAGAUGUUCUUGCUGCUGAUGUGAGUGAAAAUAGCCCAAGUAGAAAUAGUUUCUAUGAAAGCAUCUCUGAUCUAAAGUAUUCAGAAGACUUUACCAGCUCUUGCUGUUCUGAAGAUUUCCAUACCACUGAGGAUACCAGCAGGAAUUUGAUAAGUUCACAAGCUCAUGAUAGCAGUUCAAAGGCAGGGAAUCCAAAACAUGGUUCCUACUCAAGUAAAUCCAGUGAAGCAAGAUUGCCCGUAAGGAAAAAUAGCAGUGAAAAGAGUUCUGUUCUUAGCCCACCUUUUUCUGCUGGAUCUCCAGUACUUUCACAAAGAAGAUCUCGUAUUUCAAAGAAUCAAGAUACAGGUUUAGAGGAACCAUCUAGUAUCUCUACUGGUGAUUUGUCUUCCUCACAUUUGCCUGAGGAAAAAGAAAACCAGAUGGACCAAAAUAGUAUGCAUGAUUCUGAGGUAAUAAAGAGAGGUCAAGAUGUCACUAUUAAAACAAGAACUGACUUAAAGUCUUUAGAGAGAAGCCCAUCACCACAGACGUCUCAGUUGAGUUCCUAUUUUCCAUCUAAUUUGUCAGAACUAGAACUCAAGAUCCUGGAUAAUAGUACAUCAAACCACUUUGGAGAAGAUGAUGAUGAUAUUGGAUCACUAAGUUUUUCCAAGCAAUGCAAAGAUAUAUGUGAAUUAGUAAUAAAUAAACUUCCAGGAUAUACAGUGUGAAAAUAGUGCUUUAAAAAACAUUUUUACAAAUUAUAUAUGUACAGUUAGUGAAAAAAUUGUAAUAACUUUUAGUACAUGAUAUGAACAAUUCUAAGAAAUGUAAGUUUAUUUCUUUGUUUAAAUAGUAUUCCAUUAAAUGUGAUCAUAUUGAUCAUAAAAUCAUUUUAUAAAUUAGGGUGUGAUAUUGAUCAUGAAAUCAUCUUAUAAAUUAGGUAUUUUUAAAGUUGUUUAAGAAUAAAAACAUGUCUUCCCAAAUUUCUCUAAAACUGGUUUCAUGUGUACCAUUGGGGGGAAAAUAGUUAAGGAUAACCGUAAAUGUUAAUGUGAAUAAGUCAUUUGACAAAUGUGUAAGUUGUAUAGUGUGAGAUGCAGAAAAGUAAACAAGAAAAAGUAUUCAAGAUAGAGCUCUGCUGUUAAAAGAGUUCAUAUUUUGUGUUUACACAAAGUCUUUGACAGGUGCAUGUCCCAGAUCUCUAGCAGGUAAAGACCCUUUUAUGUGCUCUGUGUCUUUAAAUUUUAUCCACACUUUUUAUGUAUGUUUGAUUAAUGUUUGUCUUCCACUAGGCUUAAGUUUUGUGAUGGGAAAACCUUGUGUCUUUUGCACAUCUGUAUUUUCUUAGUCUGUAGCACAGUCCCUUGCAGAUGGUUGGUGUACAAUAAAAACAUUUGUUGAACAUUUAAAAUACCUAAUGGGGAGGUCUUAGAAUGAAACAGUAAAACUAA